AUGUUGUACUCUUCAUUACGUGCUGUCAAUAGCAGAUAUAGAUUACAGUUUCCAUGUAGAGCAUUUUCGUCUAUCAUUAAAGGCUCUAAAUAUACUACAGAAUAUUCGAACUAUCUAAAACUCCCAAACGGUAAAAUUGGCUCAUACUUCCACGAUGUGGACUUGGGAUUGGAUUUACAAACUCAAACAGUAAAUAUGGUUGUAGAAGUUCCUCGAUGGACUAAUGGAAAGUUCGAAAUAUCGAAAGGUAGACGCUUCAAUCCCAUUAAGCAAGAUAUCAAGAACGGUAUGGUCAGGUUUGUUCAUAACAUCUUCCCUUUUAAAGGCUAUAUACAUAACUAUGGUGCUAUUCCUCAGACUUGGGAGAAUCCUGAACAUGAAUCACUACAUGGGUUGAAAGGAGAUAAUGAUCCAUUGGAUUGCUGUGAGAUUGGUUCUGCUAUUCAUUCCAUUGGAAACGUUAGACGGGUCAAGAUAUUGGGUUCGUUAGCUUUGAUUGACGAUGGUGAGCUUGAUUGGAAGAUUAUUGUGAUUGAUAUAAAUGACCCAAUGAGCAAACAUAUGAAAAACAUUUCUGACGUCAAACGCUAUUAUCCAGGUAUCUUAGAGGCAACAAGAGAAUGGUUUAGGAAGUAUAAGAUACCUAGUGGUAAACCAGAGAAUCAAUUUGCAUUUGAAGGUCAAUAUAGAGAUGUUGCUGAAGCGAUAAGUGUUAUAGAAGGUUGUCAUUCAUCUUGGAAGCAGUUGAUAUCAGGCGAAAUUAAGCAUGACAACAUAAUUGCCACCGAUAGAGCAACUUUUCAAGUGGAAAUAGCCCCGGAACAACUUCCAGAUGCUGAUAUACCAGCAGAGUUAAAUAAGUGGCACUAUGUAUAG